AUGCUGACCGCAUCUCUUCGAGCCAGGUCAUCGGCCGUGAGUCGCUCGGCCUUUGUCGCCAGCACUCUGCCGACGCGCACUUUUGCCUCGAGCGCAUCGCGCUACAUUCAGUCGUCCAAAGUGUAUCCGUCAGCCGAUGAGGCGGUCAAGGACAUCAAGGCCGGUUCUACACUGCUUUCGGCAGGCUUUGGGCUGUGCGGAACACCGGAGACGCUCAUCAAGGCAAUCAGCCGUCACCCGCACAUUAACGACCUCACCGUCGUCUCGAACAACGCGGGCACAGGUGAUUUUGGCCUCGGCAAGCUGCUGAGGUCGAAGCAGAUCCGCAAGAUGGUUUCAUCGUUCAUUGGCGGCAACAAGUACUUUGAAUCGCAGUACCUAACGGGCCAGGUGUCGCUGCAGCUCACGCCGCAGGGGACGCUCGUCGAGAAGUGCCGUGCGGGCGCGUUUGGUAUUCCCGCUUUCUACACUCCCACGGGCUAUGGCACCGCUGUGCAGACGGGUGAUCUUGUGGUGCGCUACAAGCAACGCGAAGAGGGCAGCAAGGAGCCGCUCGAGGCGGCCGAGAUGGCAAAACCCAAGGAGGAGCGUUCGUUCAACGGGCGAAACUACAUCCUCGAGGAAUCCAUCUACGGCGACGUCGCCAUCAUCCACGCGUGGAAGGUCGACGAAGCAGGUAACGCCGUCUUCCGCUAUGCUGCCAACAACUUCAGCGCUCCCUUCGGAAAGAACGCCAAAAUCACCAUCGUAGAGGCCGAAGAAAUCGUCCCCACGGGAACGCUCAAGCCGGACGAGAUCCACCUGCCGGCGAUCUUUGUCGACCGCAUCGUCAAGUCGGAGCACGAGAAGCAGAUUGAGGUCAAGACGGUCUCGGACGCGCCCAAGGCGACCAAGAGCGGCGAUGCGGCGGAUGCGGCCAAGCAGGCGGCCAAGGAACGUCGUGUCCGCAUCGCCAAGCGCGCCGCCAAGGAAGUCAAGGAUGGCGAUUACAUUAACCUGGGUGUCGGCAUGCCGUCGCUCGUGCCCAACUACCUGCCCGAAGGCGUCAGCGUCGUGCUGCACUCUGAAAACGGUAUUCUCGGCAUGGGCCCAUACCCCAAGACCUCGGAGUUGGACGCAGACAUCGUCAACGCAGGCAAGGAGACCGUCACGCUGCUGCCCGGCGCCUCGACCUUCGACUCGAGCGAGUCGUUCGGCAUGAUCCGCGGCGGCCACAUCAACGUCACCAUGCUCGGCGCACUCCAGGUCGGCGCCAACGGCGACCUCGCCAAUUACAUGAUCCCCGGCAAAAAGGUCUCGGGCGUCGGAGGUGCCAUGGACCUCGUCUCCAACCCGAGCAACACCAAGGUCGUCGUCGUCUCGGACCACGUCGACAAGAACGGCCGCAGCAAGAUCGUCGCCGACUGCAAACUGCCCUUGACCGGAUCCAGAUGUGUCUCGAGAAUCGUCACGGACCUGUGUGUGUUUGACGUCGACAGAGUCGGCGACAACGGCCUCACUCUCAUCGACCUCCAGGAGGGCGUCACCGUCCAGGAGGUCCGGGAGAAGACCGACGCCCCCUUCCACCUCGGCCCCGGCAUCAAGGAGUAG